AUGAGGAAUAAAAAGAAUUAGGGUCUUGAUGAUCACUUAAUGUAUUCAAUUUUCUCUUAUUAAGAAUCAAUAAUCAUAACAAAUAAUUUUACUAAUCGUAUUUCCUUUCUAAUAAAAGUCUAAAGUUAGAUUGGAACACUAGGAAAGUUUCUAAGAUUAUUUAGCGUAAUUUAAAAGGCCUCAAAUUUUAACAAUGUUCUUCGAGUUAGUAUUAUUUAUUUUUAUUAUAUUAGUUAACAAAAAGAUAACUAUACUUGGUGCUCAAAUCUUAAAGGGAUAUUUUAAUAAUUAAAAAGGAAUAGAUCUAUAACCAUUAUUCAAAUAAAAAGGAGAUUAAAUCUUGGAAGAUAAAUUAAAAUACAUAUUAUAUGUGAUUAUUAUUAAUAUUUUACAAAUAUUUACUUAAUUUAAUAAUCCAAAAGAUCUGAUAAAGUUAUGA